CAUUGUCAUACAACCUCCAGGCCUGUAAGCUGCGCAAGCGAGCUCUGUCCCAGCACAGCUAUAGAAGUAGUUAGGAGGGCAGCAGCCAAUCAGCGUGAGGGAGGCGGAGCUGAGCGCUAUGUCGCCUGUCACUGUCUCUUCCGCACACCAAAAUGGUCGUUGUCAGAGCGGUGCUGCUGGCCGGCUGUACGGGUGCCGCGGCUGCUCUGCUGCUGUUCGGCACUGGCGCCGCUGGUAUGGUGGGUGUGGUAACGCUGGUGGUCGCGCUGGUGUGUACUUCCGGUUUGGUGUUCCCCGGCAGCCCGUCCCAUGUGUGUGUUCUGGUGCUGGGAGACCUGGGCCGCAGUCCGCGGAUGACGUAUCACGCUCUGUCACUGGUCAGGAAUGGCUUCAGUUUGACCCUCGCCGGCUUCCGUGAAACCGAUCCUCACAAAGAUGUAUUAAACAAUCCGAAAAUAAAAAUUCAUCCACUGUCUGACUUCAAAGGGAUAAAGUUUGGACCACGAGUACUUCAGUAUGCGCUAAAGGUUAUUGUGCAGGCUGUUCAGCUCUUUUGGGAACUUUUGAAGAUUGAUUCCCCAUCUUUUAUCCUACUUCAGAAUCCUCCAGGUUUACCUGCCAUAGCAGUAACCUGGAUUUUUUGUCUUCUGAGAAGAUGCCAACUGAUAAUAGACUGGCACAACUAUGGGUACUCUAUCAUGAGCCUGACAAAUGGACCUGGACAUCCAGUUGUACGCGUUGCAAAAUGGUAUGAAAAAUUAUUUGGCCGAGUAUCACAUUAUAAUUUCUGUGUAACAAAUGCCAUGAAGGAAGACUUGCUGCAUAACUGGAGAAUAAAAGCUAUCACCCUGUAUGAUAAACCACCAUCCAUAUUUAAAGAGACGCCAGUGGAGCUUCAGCAUCGGCUGUUCAUGAAGCUUGCAGCGGACUAUGUGCCUUUCAAAGCUAGCUUAGAAUCUACAGAUGCCCACAUAGAAAGAUCUGCAUUCACAGAGAAAAACCUGGCGACUGGCAUUGUUACAUACAUGGAGGAAAGACCUGCUAUACUGAUCAGUAGUACAAGCUGGACAGAGGAUGAAGACUUCAGUGUUUUGUUAAGUGCAUUGCAAGAUUAUGAUACAUUUAUUACAAAUGGAUCCAAACUUCCUUCUCUAGUUUGUGUUAUAACAGGUAAGGGGCCCCAGAAGGAAUAUUACUGUAAGUUGAUCAAAGAGUUAAAACUUAAGAACAUACAGAUCUGCACUCCUUGGUUAGAAGCUGAAGACUAUCCUGCCUUGCUAGGAUCAGCUGACCUUGGAGUUUGUCUUCACACCUCAUCUAGUGGUUUGGACCUUCCUAUGAAAGUUGUUGACAUGUUCGGCUGCUGUCUUCCUGUGUGUGCUGUUAAUUUUAAAUGCUUACAUGAACUUGUAAAACACAAUGAAAACGGGCUGACCUUUAAAGAUUCCAAAGAGCUUGCUGCACAACUAAAGCUGUUACUUAUGGACUUUACAGGCAGUUCAAACAAGUUGAAAAAGUUUCGACAAUAUCUUCGUGACUCAAAACAAAUGAGAUGGGAAGAAAGCUGGGAUCAGACUGUUCUACCGAUAUUUAGAGACCAUUGCAACUCAUAACAGCAUAUUUUUUACAUUACAAAAGGCAUCAUUUUUGAGGAAACCAUUUCUAAUGGAUAUUUAUCUCCACCUCAAACUGCUGAAGUCCAAUGAGGAUUAUAGAACAAAAAUAUGAAGGAUACAUGGAACUGAAAAAUAUUUGGAUGAAAAAUGAAAGCCCUUUCUUUGGGUUUUUAGACAUUGUGUGCCACAUUCCAAAGAUUUGUUUACAACCUGUUACAUAAAUCACAAGGAAAAGGACCAUAGGGCAAACUGAUGUAGGCCAACUACAAAGUAACACAGGGGGUAUUUUAUGAAGCUACAUCUGGCUUCAGGCUUAAAGUUGCACAUUUUUGCGGAAAUACUUCACGGUACCAAAUUUAGGUAGUGUAUAUUGUGGCUGAAAUCGAUGCCAGUUCUAAGCUAACAUGGAUAUCAUCAAAGCUUGGUGCAUGGGCAGCCGCUGACAUUCCUGGUUUAUUAAGUGACGUGAGCUUUUACUUACAUGGUGGUCUUAGUAAAUUCCUCCUUAGGGUUAGGCUCAGCUGUUUUGUCCUGCAUUAAUAUACCUAAGUUAUACACCAGUAGUCUCCAACCUGCGGACCUCCAGAUGUUGCAAAACUACAACUCCCAACAUGCCCAGACAGCCUUUGGCUGUCCGGGCAUGUUGGGAGUUGUAGUUUUGCAACAUCUGGAGGUCCGCAGGUUGGAGACCACUGUUAUACACUGUCACAAUGUGUGGGUGGCAUUGCCUGCAGCUAUCAUGUCUGUCUGAAGGCAGAUUGGUCAGUACUAGAGAUGAGCAAACUUACAGUAAAUUCGAUUCGUCACGAACUUCUCGGCUCGGCAAUUGAUGACAUCCUGCGUAAAUUAGUUCAGCCUUCAGGUGCUCCGGUGGGCUGGAAAAGGUGGAUACAUUCCUAGGAAAGAGUCUCCUAAGUUAAUUUAUGCAGGAAAAGUCAUCAACUGCCGAGCCGAGAAGUUCGUGUCGAAUCGAAUUUACUGUAAGUUUGCUCAUCUCUAGUCAGUACCAUUAAAGAUUGGUCUGGUGAGUAAGUAUGCUACAAUGUGUGUAUUGUAACCUUCCCUGACAAAUAAAUUGACUUCCCCUAUUGCCAAGAUCAUAACACUUUAUAUUUUUGGUGGUUUCAAUGUAUUUUUAGAAGGUGACGGUCCUGGAAGCAAGCUCAUUGGCAAUUUCAUCUGUAACACUAAUCCUGCUGCUUAUAGUCCUAGCUGUACCCGCAUCUGGAUGCCCAGAUCUAAUGGAACAACCUA